AUGGACCCACAAGAAUUAGUGCCUUUAGAAUUUGGACUUCCCCGCCCACGCCCAACCAGACAGUUCAGUCAAAGAGCCUCGCGGUCCUGCAAUAAGGGCCCGAUCAGAUUAUGCCGACUUCUAUCGUUGAUGAUCGUAUUACCGUGUUUGUUUAUAUUCAUUCCACUGCACAUGAGAUAUCGCGCUUUUUCUGGGCAAAUGUAUCCGAUGGGUAUGACGGAUAUGCGUCUGAUAGAUAGCAAAAUCUCUCCCACUUGGUGUCAGGUAGGACUAUACUUAGUAUAUUUAUUUACUUAUCCUGCUUUGUUCAAUCCCUUACGCUACAAAAUGUUUAUC